GCUCGGGUUACGUACCCGCCGGAGUUUCCGAAGUGAUUCCCAUAGACAGAACGCAUCAAAGCACCCUCAUUUGGGGGGAAACCAACGGCACACUGUAAAGGAUAAACCAGUCAGGGAAGAGAGAGAGUCCAUUUGGGCGGGAACCAACGGCACUUAUAAACCAGUAAGGGAAGAGAGAAGAGAGAGGAAAGCUUUUUUGGGGAAAUUUUGGCAAUGGGAAGCGAUUUACGGGCGCCGAAAGUUGGUGUUGCAGCGUUUGUAGUGAGAGAAAAGUCAGUAUUGAUAGGGAAGAGACUCUCCUCUACUGGAAACUCCACCUAUGCCCUUCCUGGUGGCCAUCUCGAGUUUGGGGAAACAUGGGAGGAAUGUGCAACAAGAGAAGUGAAAGAAGAAACUGGUCUAGACGUCAAAAAAAUUGAAUUUGUAACAGUCACCAACAAUAUUUUAAAAAGUGAGACAACACCUAAGCAUUAUGUGACAAUCUUUAUGCGUUGUGUUCUCGCUGAUCCUCAACAAAUUCCUCAGAAUUUAGAACCUGAUAAAUGUGCUGGAUGGGAGUGGUAUGAAUGGGAAAACCUCCCAAAACCCCUUUUCCAACCUCUGGAAACCCUGUUUGAGAGUGGGUUCACUCCAUUUACUUAGAAGUCUACUGUUGAAAGUGGGUUUACUCCAUUUCUCUAAGCCUAUUGUUUCUAUGUCAACAAUUCAGAAGGUUGACCCUGUUACCUUUUUGUGGUCAUGGUUUUUUUUCCUGUCCUCUUCUUUGCAUUUUGAUUUUGCAGGGGAAUAUGUAAUUGUACUGAGUUGAUGGCUUAGACUCCUAAAAUGUCCACGCACAUGCCUCCUAUUCUGCACUUCUUACGCAUCGUGGAGGUGGGAUAUCUUCUGUUACUUUUCUUGUCUUUUGCCAAGGGGAUAGGUAAUGUUAGUAAAUAGUGGGUGGCCCCUUAAAAAUGUGUUCUCACUUGUCUGCUGGUAAACAAUUGAAUAUACUUUAUAUUUACUAGAAGUGUAGUGCAUUAACAAUUUUGGUCA